AGUUGGAAAGCACUUUCGGUUGAGCGUACCACGUGUGAAGUGCUUGCAAAAAUGGGUUCGCAAAAACGUAUCUCGGCAUUUUUCUUGAGAGGUUCCAGCGCGAUUUUGGGCAUACGCCGCCAGUGAAGUGAGUGUGAGGGAACCAAGUGCACCGUGCAUCCGUGAUCCGUCCAAUAGCGGCCGGCUAUUCGGUGGCGCGUUCGUUUGAAAACAGUUUAGUUUAUUAUUUUUUUAUUUUCACGUAUAUUCCGUGAACGAGUGAAACGCCGCAAAAAUGUCCAGUUCGAGGCUCAGCGAGAUGGCCAAGCAGCCCAGGUCGAGGAAAAUAAGCAGGACCGACAGCGAAGUCGCGUGCGAGGAGGCGGCACGGCUAACCGCCGAGCAACAGGAGGAGGAGGACGAUGGAUCGUAUUGCGAUUACCACGACCUGCCGCCACCGCCCGACGGCGGCUACGGAUGGGUCGUGGUCUUCGCCUCGUUCAUGUGCAACAUGAUAGUCGACGGCAUCGCCUACACCUUCGGCAUCUUCAUGCCGGACAUCAUGGUGUCGUACGACCAAACGAAAAGCACGACGGCCUGGGUCGGUUCCCUGCUGUCCGGUAUGUAUCUGAGUGCGGGUCCUGUGGUCAGUGCGCUGACGAACAAAUUCGGGUGCCGGGUGGUGUGUAUUGCCGGGGCGUUCAUAUCCACGGCCGCUUUCGCCCUUUCCAUUGUCAGUCCGUCGAUUGAGUGGUUGAUGCUCAGUUAUGGUUUCUUCGGUGGCAUCGGUUUCGGGCUCAUCUAUCUUCCUGCCGUCGUUUGUGUCGGGUAUUACUUCGAGACCAAAAGAUCGUUGGCGACGGGCAUCGCUGUAUGCGGCUCAGGCGUCGGUACUUUCGUGUUUGCGCCCCUCGCCACCAUGCUUAAGGAGGAAUUCGGAUGGCGGGGUGCCACCCUCAUCCUUGCCGGCAUGAUACUUAACUGUGUAAUAUUCGGCGCACUAAUGCGGCCCCUCGAGUACCCCAAGGACUCCGGCGAAAAGCCUCUGUUGAUCCGGAUGGCCGAGGAAAGGAGGAUACAGAUGGAAAGAGGAAGUAUAGGUGGAUCAUACUUCAUGGUACAACUGCCAGACGGCACGAUGGAGAAGCGGAUGAAACAGCCGUUGAACGUCGAUCCCGGCGUUCACUCCAGCUUGAACCUCGACCAACUAGCACCCGGAACACCAAUAACCCCAAUACCCACCGUCCCCACAUUGCCCACCAUCGCCGAAGGCAGGAUCCAGGAACGUGGCGGUUCCGGAUCACCCAGCCCGGUCGACAGUAACGCCGACAUCAAGAAAAACCCCCGCCUCGACGAGAUCAAGGAACAGGAGAAGACGCGUAAAGAGCCGGCCACCACGGAGGAGUUCAACGCCAACAACAAGAUGCCGCGUAAUGCCAGCCAGCCAGCGUUCACCACCCAUCACCAGGGAUUGCCGAAGAACGGUUCAGUGCCGACGUUCGAUCGCAUCAGGAAGACAUCAGUGGGCGAAAGAUUUAAACCGACCCUCGACCCCAUUAAAUCGAAAUCCCGGGGCAACAUGAGCUCGAAUGGUGACAUGCGAAGGCUCAGGAAUAACUCCACCGGCUCCUUCCUCAGUCGCAACAACAACAGUGAGGUGGAUGUUGAAAGCUUGCAAUACACUUCUAAACUAUCCUUGCCAAGGGAAAAAAGCCUCAUGGUCAGGCCUUUGUCCAGGAAAGAUAUUUUCUACUCAGGCUCAAUCGUCAAUCUUCCAGAGUACCACCAAUCUCAGAAAUCGCUCACCAACUACAGACAAAGUAUUAUGAGUAUACCAAAGAUGAGGUCCGCCGACGACGAUGGAUCUCCUGGAGAUAUAUGUCCAUGUCUAGUUCUGCCUGAUAGUUUCAAGUCUGCCCUGUCAACAAUGAUGGAUAUGAGUUUAUUGAAGGACCCUGUGUUUAUGUUUAUAGGAAUAUCCAAUUUCUUUGGAAUGGCUGGAUUAUAUGUUCCAUUUGUAUUUUUAGUUGAUGUUGCUGUCAAAGAUGGCAUUGAAAUGGCAAAGGCUUCGUUGCUUCUGUCCAUAAUCGGUAUUACGAACACAUUCGGCCGUAUCGCUUGCGGCUACUUCGCCGACUUCCCUCAAGUAAACGCUCUGCUCGUGAACAAUAUUUGCUUAGUCAUUUCGACUAUUGCCGUUUCUCUCACCCCCUUCUGUAACAGUUACGGUGCUUACAUCACAAUGGCGAUCUUCUUCGGAGUGGCUGUCUCCGGUUACAUAUCGUUGACCUCAAUCAUCCUCGUAGACCUCCUGGGCUUAGACAAACUAACGAAUGCGUUCGGCUUGCUGAUCCUAUUCCGUGGUGUGGCCGCCAUAGUGGGCACACCGCUGGCCGGUGCCUUAUACGACGCGACUGGGACGUAUUCGAUUCCUUUCUACGUGGCCGGCGCAUUUUUCGCAAUAUCCGCAUUAACCAGCUUCCUAGCACCGUGCAUGAAGCGUUUCUCGCCUCAGGAUGAGCCCCAGAUGGGCGACGGCGACGUCCUCACGCCUAUUGAUGAAGAUGAAGAGGAAGACGAGCCAAUCACCAUGGGUGGUGGUGGCGGCAAUCUCUUGCCCAAGAUCGUCGAGACUGCCUCUAGUCCGAUGGAUCCGAACGAAAAAGAAAUCAAACAAAUUGAAUCUGUUUUAUAAGAUUUUUUUAAACAAGGCUAUAUUGUAUAUAAUGUUUUAAUUAUAACAUGAUUAUUUCAUGGUUUUUACGUUCAGGGACAUCCGUUGAUAUGAAGGAUCUUUCAUAUAUUUAUCAUUUUUAAAGACAUUUUUAAAUUAUGUAAUUUUAUUGGUUAUUAAUUGUAUAUAUAUAAGUGCUCCAAAGUGACAGUAUUUGUGAACUGUAGUCAAUGUUAAGUGCGAAUUAGGCCAUACCUAUAUGUAAAAAAUUUUAUUGUUAAUUAGUUAAUAUGUAUAUAAAUAACUUCGACAAUAUUCUUAGAUCGCUAAUUAGUUCGAGAGAUACGGCACAAAAAUCGUCCCACUCACACACUGCCUUCCAAUCGAAUUGCCGGAUAUAAUUUUUUUUACUAUUACAAAUCUAUCUAUAUUUUCUUAGAAGUCAAUAAAUGCAGCUCUUUUAUUGGAAGGCAAUGUGUUAAUUUUUUUUUUCUUGGAUUACUUUUUAUAAUUAGCUUGGGUUCUCUGUCAAAAAAUGCUCAGGACAGUUGCGAUGGCAAUGUUUGCCUUAUUUUAGAUAUAGUACCUGGCACCUCAAGUUAAUGUACUUUAUUCUUUAAAUCGUACACUAAGUAAAACUUUAAAUGAUCUCUAAA